CCGCCCGGCCCGGGCCUGGGGGGGUCUGGGGGGUCUGGGGGGGCUCGGCUCAGCUCGGCCAGUGCACCAUGGAGCUCCAGCGGGCAGCAGCUCUGGCCACGGCGCUCCUGCUCACUCUGCUGUCGACCGGCUGCUGGGGCAGGAACGAGGAGGAGCGUCUCAUCAACUACCUGCUGAAGGAGAAGGGCUACAACAAGGAGCUGCGGCCCGUCGAGAGGCAGCAGGACGCCGUGGACGUUUACUUCGCCCUCACGUUGUCCAACCUCAUCUCUCUGAAAGAAGUUGAUGAGACGCUGCUGACGAACGUAUGGAUUGAUCAUGCGUGGACCGACUACCGUCUGGCCUGGAACGUGUCAGACUUCGACGGCAUCGAGAUGCUGCGCCUGCCGUCCAACAUGGUGUGGCUGCCGGAGAUCGUCCUGGAGAACAACAACGACGCCCAGUUCCAGGUGGCGUACUACAGCAACGUGCUGGUGGACAACAACGGCUUCUGCUACUGGCUGCCUCCCGCCAUCUUCCGCUCCUCCUGCUCCAUCAACGUCAACUACUUCCCCUUCGACUGGCAGAACUGCACCCUCAAGUUCUCCUCUCUGACCUACAACGCCAGAGAGAUCCGGAUGCUGCUGAAGGAGGAGGCCGACGACAACAGCAAGUGGACGGUGGAGUGGAUCGUCAUCGACCCCGCGAGCUUCACUGAGAACGGCGAGUGGGAGAUCAUCCACCGGCCGGCCAAGAAGAACAGCUACAAGCACAUCCCCAUGGAGAGCAACAAGCACCAGGACAUCACCUUCUACCUCAUCAUCAAGCGCAAGCCGCUCUUCUACAUCGUCAACAUCAUCAUCCCCUGCGUGCUCAUCUCCUUCCUGGCCUCGCUGGUCUACUACCUGCCGGCCGACAGUGGGGAGAAGAUGACCCUGUCCAUCUCCGUGCUGCUGGCCCAGUCCGUCUUCCUGCUGCUGAUCUCCCAGCGGCUGCCGGAGACGUCUAUGUCCGUGCCGCUCAUCGUCAAGUAUCUGAUGUUCAUCAUGGUGCUCGUCACGGUGGUGGUGCUGAACUGCGUGGUCGUCCUCAACCUGCACUUCAGGACGCCGAGCACACACGUCAUGACGGAGUGGACCAAGAGGUUCUUCCUGGAGCGGCUGCCCCGGCUGCUGCACAUGUCCAAGCCGGCGGAGGAGGAGCCGCGCUGGGACGGCGCGUUGCCGCGGAGAUCCAGCUCGGUGGGAUACAUCGCCGCGGCGGAGGAAUAUUACAGCGUCAAGUCCCGCAGCGAGCUGAUGUUCGAGAAGCAGUCGGAGAGACACGGGCUGGCCAAGCGGCCCACGCCCGCCGCAGUGGUGAAGCCCCAGGACGACGGAGGAGUGACGGAUCAGCUGUUCUCGGAGAUCAAACCCGCCGUGGACGGAGCGAACUACAUCAUCAAACACAUGCGCAACAAGAACGACUACAACGAGGAGAAGGACAACUGGAGCGGCAUCGCCCGCACGGUGGACCGGCUCUGCCUGUUCCUGGUCACCCCGGUGAUGACCCUCGGCACCAUCAUCAUCUUCCUCAUGGGGAUCUGCAACCACCCGCCCCACCUGCCCUUCAAGGGGGACAAGCACGACUACACAGAGGGAAACGCACGGCUGCUGUGACGCAGGACCUCUGUUUCUCAGCCUGGAGUCAAACAGUUACUCGCUUUGUUUCUAUGUGAUUUGAAUAAGGAUUUACUUGAGAAUAAUUCUAUAAAAUUACAGCUCUGUUGUGAGAAUAUUCCUUCAAGACGGUUUUUGGUCAUAUAUUUGAAUCCAUUCACACGUUUGUUUAUUCUCUGAGGGAAAAACCUCUCUAAAAUUAUGUAAUUUUUAACAUAUUGAACAUUAAAA